ACGCUAUGUCUUUUCUCUCUGUAUUUCUUCGAAACCCCUAAAAACCUCUGCUUUUAUCUUUCUUUUUUAGCCAAUUAGAGGUUUUUUUUUCUUUGAUUCGGUGAAAGAUUCAAUCUUUCUCCUUCUCCGGUCGGUGAACAUAUGGUUACGUUUGGUGUUUUUUUUUUCAAUUUAUUUUGUGUGAUUUUUGUUAAAUUACUAUGGAGAGAUCCGAUUGCAAAGAUUUCAUGGACUUGUCUAACUCUUCGAGCUCCAUCUCAGAUAGUGCUCUCUUCGAUGCAUCACAAUAUGCAUUUUUUGGACGAGAUUCAGGAGAGGAAGUUGAAUUGGGUGGUCUAGAGGAAGAAGGAAACAAUUGUGUUCCCGUGGUGGAUGGUGGAUUUGGUGAUGUCGAUACACAUGAGUACCAUUUGUUUGAAAAAGAUGAGGGAUCAGCUUUGGGGUCUUUAUCUGACAUAGAUGAUCUGGCAACUACAUUUUCAAAGUUGAACAGAAAUGUCUCAGGACCUAGGCAUCCAGGAAUUAUUGGUGAUCGUGGAUCAGGAUCGUUUUCGAGGGAAAGUUCGUCGGCAGCUGAAUGGGCAAAGGAAACUGAUUUUCCUGAUUGUUUUGAUCAGCAUUUGUCUGACACUGAAUGUCACCAGGAAAACAAAAGAUGGUCUUCACAGUCUUAUUUCUCUCCUGUGCAUCUGUCAGAGUCAAAACCGUUGUAUAGAACAUCCUCAAAUCCUGAGCAACCACAACAACUUCAGCGCUUCUCAAGCGAACCCAUUUUAUUGCCAAAGUCAUCUUUCACUUCUCUCCCUCCUCCGGUUGGCAGAUCUCUACAAGCCUCACCAUACAGUCUAUCAUCUCAUCAAAGCAUGCCAUCUCUUGCUGCUGGACCUCAGUCUCCCUAUUCAGAUGCCAAUCUCUCCACUUUGUCAAAUCCUAAUAUCCAUUUACCAGGCUUGUCUCAUGGGCUUCAUUAUGGUGGAAACAUGCCACAAUGGAUACCUCCCAGUCUUUCUCUUGAUACCCGUCUGCAAAAUCACUGGACUAGUCACGUGAGUCUCAGCCAUGGGGAUCAUUCUAGACUAUUAAAUAGUUUAUCUCCGCAUCAAUUUCCUCAGAAUGGUUUGUUAUCUCCUCUGUUAAUCUCUUCCCAGCAACUGCAGCAGCGAAGAUUGCAUCAUUCAGUUCAACCAUCUUUAGCUCAUUUUUCUGCACUGCCUUCCCAAUUUAAUUCCUUUCCUUCUCCUGCCCACCUCGGUAAGCAUGGGUUGGCUGAUUUUAGAGAUUCAAAAUCUAAGUCAUCACAUAAAGGUAGACAGAAUGUGCGCUUUUCUAAACUAGGCUCUGAAGGCGGUAGCCAAAAAAGUGAGAAUAAUGUUCCCAAGUUCAGAUCUAAGUACAUGACUGGUGAUGAAAUAGAGAGCAUCCUGAAAAUGCAGCAUCCUGCAACACAUGGCAAUGAUCCAUAUGCGGACGACUAUUAUUACCAAGCUCGCCUUGCAAAGAAAGCAGCUGAGUCGAGGUCAAAACAUCGUUUUUGUCCAAACAAGGAGCAACCUUCACGAUCACGCAAUAGUACAGACUCGCAGCCUCACCUCCAUGUUGAUGCUAAGGGGCAAAUUUCAUUUUCUUCCAUCCGCAGGCCUCGUCCUCUUCUUGAAUAUGAUCCACCGGGAUUUGUAUGUAAUGGGAGUGGUGAUCAGAAGAUGUCUGAGAAAUCUUUGGAGCAGGAACCAAUGCUUGCUGCUAGAAUUACAGUAGAGGAUGGUUUUUAUCUUCUCCUUGAGGUUGAUGACAUCAAUAGGCUACUUCAGUUUAGUCAGCCGCAAGAUGGUGGUGUUCAGCUGAGGCGGAAGCGGCAGAUUCUGUUGGAAGGCAUGGCUGCCUCACUUCAGCUUGUUGACCCGCUUGGAAAAAGUGGCAGUUCAGUUGGGCUGACCCCUAAAGAUGACAUUGUGUUCUUAUGGUUGGUGUCUCUACCAAAAGGCCGGAAACUCAUUUCAAGGUAUCUUCAGCUUCUUGUACCUGGUGGUGAGCUUGCAAGAAUAGUUUGCAUGACAAUUUUUCGCCAUUUAAGGUUUUUGUUUGGCGGCCUUCCACCUGAUCUAGGAGCUGCUGAGACUAUCACUGCACUUGCAAAAACAGUCUCUGCAUGUACAAGUGGCAUGGACCUUAAUUUGCUUAGUGCUUGUCUAGCUGCUGUUGUUUGUUCCUCAGAGCAGCCACCUCUUCGCCCUCUUGGAAGCCCUGCUGGAGAUGGAGCCUCUGUUAUUCUUAAAUCUGUUCUUGAAAGGGCAACUUAUCUCUUGACUGAUCCUCAGGCUGUUAACAGCUUCAGCAUGCCUAACCCUGCCCUUUGGCAGGCAUCGUUUGAUGCCUUUUUUGGUUUACUUACUAAGUAUUGUUUGAGUAAGUAUGACUCUAUAAUGCAAUCGCUCGCUUCACCAGCCCAGUCAAACACAGAACUGAUUGGUUCAGAAGCUGCAAGAGCUGUAAGCAGAGAAAUGCCAGUCGAACUCUUACGUGCUAGUCUCCCACACACAAAUGAGCACCAGAGGAAGCUGUUGUUGAAUUUUGCUCAGAGGUCCAUGCCUGUAACUGGAUUCAAUGCUCAUGGUGAAAGCAGUGAACAAGUAAAUCCUGAAUCUGUAAGCUGUUAGUGGAGAUGCUAAGAUGCCACAACUGCAUAUAGUUCUCAAGAUCACCAUCUGGCUGCCUUUUUCAGAACACAACGUUGUGCUUUACCUCCAUGCCAGUAGAAAUGUUGAAGGCUAGAAGCAAGGGUAUGUGGGGCGUCAUUUUAAUGCAUAAAGCUCCUCUUCCCCUUCUAACUUGUGUUUCUUGUGUUUCUUUUUCUUCUUCUUUUUCCUUUCUCCCUGCCUUUUCUUUCCAUGCUUCUUUCUCCUUCCUUCCCUCAACUUUUCUUCAUUUUUUUUUAAAGUAAAAGUUUUGUUCUUUCCCUUUUUCCUUUCUCGUUUGUGACAAGUCUCAUCUUACGUAACUGUGUAUAAUGUUAGAAAGUGAUGGGGUUAUUGGUCUCUCCUUUUAGUGUUUCUCAUCCAAAGAGCUUAUUUUUCAUUGCUCUUCUGUAAACUUGGAUUAAAGCUGGAAAGAUAGGAUGUACAGGCCAUUUAUGUGGAGUUUAGGGAGCACUCUGACUUGGCUAUCUCCCCUCUCUUUAUCGGGGAAGAAGGUGUUCACCUGAAGUGACGUUGGCUCAUAGGACGUAAUGGUAACUCUGCAGGUUUGAUAGGAUACAUUUGCUAGACUUGAAGCUUAGCAUGGAUGAUAACUGUAAUAGUAAUUACAUGCUCUUGUUCAUCGACUAUUAUUUUACUGUAACAUUUCCCCAUUUUGUUUACCGAGUUGAUUUGAAAGUUGUCAUCCCCCGUCAAUGGUUCAGAUAUGGCAAUGAACAUUAUAGCUUUUACCAGUGUUAA